AUGAGACUGUCCGUCUCCCACGAACAUGCGUUUGGAGUAGGACUCGUCACUGCCUCGAAACUGGAGCUGGAAGACGCCGGCGGGCUCUGCACCACUAACAAUAUCCUCAAAAUGGGGGACUCGCUAAUUGCUCAUUACACCAAUGCCGAAGCCGAUCUAGCUGCUCACCACCCGGUCGCCCUAUGA